CUUAGGCCCUAAAAACUCUCUUGGUUUUCUGUUAAGUUGCUGUAUGUAGAUAAUAAUGUUCUUUCCAUAGGUUUGGGCAAGGGUGAUUGUGAAUCGACGACAGCUUGAUCACAUGGAUUCCUGGACCACUAGGUUCAGAAGUUGGAUUAAUGAGACUAUUUUAGUGGCACUUGUACAAGAGAUUGAGUCUGUGAGCACUCAGCUGAGAAGAAUGGGGUACCCAGAAAUGCAAAUUGGAGAGCUCUCUCAGGGAGGAUGCAUGAGCUCAUUCCGGUGGAACAGAGGAGGAGAUUUCAAAGGCUGUAAAUGGGGCGCUGACUUGCCCACUGACUGUGCUAUCCUUAUGCACAUAUUCUGCACUUACCUUGACUCCAGACUGCCACCUAGCCCCAGAUAUCCUGAUGGCAGAACCUUCACUUCGCAACACUUCAUUCAAACACCAGAUAAACCAGACAUUACAAAUGAAAAUGUAUUUUGCAUCUACCAAAGCAACAUCAAUCCACCCCACUAUGAGCUGAUCUACCACCGCCAUGUCUACAAUCUGCCCGAGGGCAGAAACAUGUUCCAUACAUUGCUUAUGUUUCUGUACAUCAUAAAGACAAAAGAAUCUGGGAUGCUUGGGCGUGUAAAUCUUGGUGUAUCAGGAGUCAAUGUUCUAUGGAUUUUUGGAAAAUAACUUCUCUAGCAAGACUCCAGCUCAGAAGAAGAAUGAUCCUGCUUCUCUGACGAGAUGAACUGAGCAGUGUCAUUACACUUGUUGCCUUAAACAUGGACUAUGAAAAGGGAUAAUUUAAACUCUGCUUUAUGGACAGAGGGGAAAUGUUUGUAAUUCCCAUAGUUUUUGGGAGGAUACUCUUUAAAAUAUUUCACUGUUGAAAUGCAUCUAAAUAGGAACUCCAGGCAGGUCUCUUCUCUUUCUGGCUCCUCACCUUAACAAAUCCUAUUUAAAAAAAAAACAAAAAACCCUUGCUAUUUCUGUUGCAUUUACCCUUCAGUGCCAUUGCCGCUCUAAAGAGCUUAACGGACCGCAGGCAGCUCCCACGGGCGUACGCAGUCGCUUGCUCACAGUCCCUGGAAAAGGCAGUUACUGCCAGGUUCACAAGAUCCAAGAUAUUCCAGGUGGGCAUAACAGAUGCCAAGUUGGUUAAUUUAAUUAUAUGCGAUCAGAAAGAACAUUAUCUUUCAUCCCUGCCCAUUGGAAUAAUUGGAUUUUAUGACCGCAUUGGAUGUUUCAGGUGUCUCCACUGCAAAUAUAAGGGAAAGAGAAAACUGACUUGCUAGUUUCAGUAUAUGUUUAUAAGAUAGGUUUAAAAAAAAAAUUCAAAUGUGACUGUCUUACGAGUUAUAAGAUGUUGUGGGUGAAUUGAGUACUACAGUGUUACCCUGCUUUUGCUUUUUAACUUUUUAAAAUGUAUUUUUUUUAUUUCUCGCAUCAGCUUUUCUGCUAGCAACUUAUUUUCAGGGCCUUGCAGGCUGGCAUGUGGCUUCAGCAUCCCUGCAGGAAACCAGGGUGGAUACACCUAUGUCCCAGGGAUUUACAGGAACAUCCCUAAUUUCCUGUUGCCUCACCAAAGUGUGACCAGAAAUGGCUUUUUUUUUUUUUUUUUUUCCUGAGGGCAAGUGGAUGCCACGUGGCCAGAGCCCAGCUUCUGAGCCUCCGGCUUCUUAGGCUCUGCCCCCUGCGGUGGCAGGGAUUAUUCCUUAGGAAGAGUCAAAUCCUGGGACCAUGGGCCAGCCU